UUAUGGCAUGGUCAUUUGAAAGUCGGUGACGCCAACAUCGUAUCCUGGAAAGGAAGUCCCGGGAGAUACCGAUCGAUGUGCUCGUGAUCGGCGGUCUGCUCGUGCUGGGACGAGGAGUGAAUUAGUCCAUCGACAGCGCCCUGUGAGGUCGAGGGUAUCCCAUUUGAGUAUUGCAACUUUGAUCUUGCUGUGGUAGUAACGAGAUGGACGAUCGAGCGCAAGGUGAGCGGGUGGAAUCGGUGGACAGGUACUGGUCGGAAUGGGCAAGAGAAGCUGACUUACCCACAGAUGGAAGGGACACGGACGAAGAAGCUUCCGAUGACAUCAACGGGCCAUUAGUAUCAGAAGAACAUUAUCUGGCAUCGUCAUUAGGGUUAGGUUCAGACAGUGGGGAUGUUCGAAUGCAAACCACUAACGUACCGCGGCAUCAUUCUAGCCUUACUGAGGGAAAUUCUGUUUCUCAUUCUUUCCCCAUACUUGCAAUCAGACCACCAGCUACUGGGACCAGCUCUGGUGGUUUUCCAGGGGUCGCUACUUGUGGCAUUGCUGCAGCUAAUAAGGAGUCUGGCAGAGGUACUCUCUGCAGUAUAGAGGAGCCUCAUGCAGUGCAGAAUCGUGAAAAAAAGCUUCUGUUUGAGGCAUCGCAGGUCAGCUACCACCUUAAAAGAGGUGAUAAUCUGUUGGAGAAAUCAUGGUCAGAAAGAGAUGAUAAUAGGUCAAAGAAGAAGGAUUUUGCUGAUGAUGUGUUCGAUCCACAAUGGAGAACAAAAUUUGGACAUACAGUUUCUGAUGUAAACAUUGACUCAUGCAGUUUACUGGGCGAGAGAAAUCGUGUUUCCAAUUCACCACUUUCUUUUGAGCAGCAUGCAAUUGCUAAUACAUCAAACAAGAGGUUGGAUGACGCUAUGCGUGUUGAUUCUUGCUAUUCCAGACCAAGCUGUCUCCAUCAGACUUAUUCAUCUGAUAUUAUCCAUGAGCGAAGUAAAAGAAAUGUCCAGACUGAUUUGUCAACAGAUUAUCAUGGCUUUGAACCUCACUGGCCAAUGCAAUGCAGCUAUGAAGUAGGAAAAGCUGCACCUGAGAAAGGUCAGCAAUUAAUGGAUUAUGUGUCAAAAACGAGGAACAUUAUGAAUAACUCCUCAUUCGAUAGCUUAUCCAGAGAGUCCUUCACCAGUACGAGGCAUGGCUUUAGUUCCCCAACUUCAUCUCAUUCUCUCGGUAGGGCUUCUACUGUGCUUAGCAGAUUGUGCGGGACAGAAUCAGUGCUGACAGAACAGGCCCAUUUGGUGGUCAAAUCAAUGCACUGUUUGUCAGAAUUGUUUCUCUUUCAGAGCUCCAAUGGUCCAUGGGUCUUAAAGGAUGAAGACUAUGAUAUCCUUAAAAGUGUGAUAGAUAACCUCAGUGCAUCUCUGAAACACUUCCGGCGAGGUACUGAAAGGCAACAAUUACCAUCUUCACCACCUCGUCCAGCCCAACUUUUUGGAAAGUCGACUGCUCAAGUAAAGAGUGUGAGAUCAGAAGAGCCACAGAUAAGGAGUGUACAGGCUAAUGAUCAAGGUCAAUCCAUUCUUCCGCACUUGUCCGGGGAGAGAAAACGUUAUCUUGCGCAAGGUGAUCCAAAUAAAGUUGAUUCAGUGCUUGUUGCUAGUGAUGAUCUUGACAAUGUCGGCAAUGAUAAAAUGACUCAGGCCAUCAAGAAAAUUCUUAUAGAUAAUCUUGAUGACGAGGUGGAACCGAAUCUGCAAGUUCAAUUGUUUAAGAAUUUAUGGCUUGAGGCAGAGGCUGCAUUAUGUUCCAUGAAGUUCAAGUCUUGCUUUAAGCGCGUGAAGACAGAGAUGGAGAGGCUCAAGUCCUUUCAAAGAGGUGAUUCAUCUGACAACUUGUGGGAUAUGGAGAAGUUAUCGAGUUCGAAUCACUCCUCCUAUUCCCAGGCAGAAGACAAAUCAGCCCCCCAGGCCAGAUGUCAUGUAAACCAAAUCACCACUACCCAGUGUUUCCCUGCCUUUAGUGCAGGUACCGAAAUAAAUGAUGUUGUGGCCGGAUUUAACAUCUUAAAAGAGCGGGACUUUAACUCAAAUGUCUUCUCGGCUGGAGACAAGGUGGAAUGUGUUAGUCCUGAGAAUUCUAAAUUGGGUCAUGACUCAAAUGAUGUUUUGGCCAGAUUUAAUAUCCUCAAAGGUCGAGACUUUAACUCAAAUGCCUUGUCUGCUGGAGAUGAUGUGGAAUGUGUUAGUCCUGAGGACUCUAAAUCUCGAAAUCUCAUGGAAGCUGAUGAAUCAACAAGCAGAGCAUGUCCUGUGGGUGGUUUUGUUGAAGGCAACUCUGAUAAUUUUCCUGUGAAUAUCCCUACUAAGCGGAUGGAGAACGCAAAUGCUUCUGUAAUGGAGAGAUUAUCUAUCCUGAGACAAAGGGAUGAUAGUUUGGUCUCUGUGAAUAUUCAACCGAGGCCAGAGGAGGCUGCUUGUCUUGGGUCUUUUUUGAAGAAAGAUUAUUUUUCAGGCUGGGCAGAGAAAACUGAUGUGCUGAGUUUCAGUAAUUCUGCUGCCUUUCUACAUCAGACUGCAAAUCCUCCUGAUCAAUUGUCGACCUUGAAGGACGUACGUGCAAUUCCUGAGGACGAUGAAGCACCUCAAUCUCAGUGCAUUGGUGGUUCCGCGAAUUUGAAUUUUGCGAGGCGCUCUGAUAGUUCUUCAUCAUCUGACUGGGAGCUCUGUGGUGAAAGAGAUUUGUCAGCGGAAGUGUGACGUCUCCAAAUUCGGCAAUGGUCCCUAGAGGUGAAGGCACGGACUCUCCUUUAACCAUAUGACCUCACGAAGGCUCGUCAUCCAUCCGAACCAGGAACCUCUGAUAAUUUGCGGUUUUGCUUGAAUAAGUUUAGCGCGUGUAAAUCUCUGCUUGAACCUGUGCUUAGUACUACCCCCUCCCCUAUGGUUUUAACACUGUCAUUUCUCCGAAUUUUACAUUACCACUCGUAACAA